CAAUUGUAUCCAAUUUAUAUCAGUUGAGGAUCAGAUCGAGAUAAUGUCGGAGUGGAACAUGUUUGUCCUUUGGAAGCUCACAACGCUGCUGGUGCUAGCUACGACGGGGCUGUGUUCGCAGUCAGGUGACCACACCAGCAUCGGAAGCGACACCACGCUUGAUUCAGUUGUACCACUGCAGCAUAAAUCAAUACCCCGGGAUGGGGUCCAUCAGCGACGAUAUCAUCGGGGUCAAUUGCCACCGAGCGCUGAAGUGAGGAAAAAACGUGAUACCACCGACAGUGAAUGGAGUGUCUCGCUGUGGGAAUGGCUCACCGGCCGUGAUAAGCCGGACAGUUGCGUGAUGGUGUCCGUAGGUGGCGUUAUCGGUGGCGGUGCCUUGACGGGCGCAUUCGUCGGGGCCGGCAUUGGGAGCAUUUUUACCGGUCCGGGAACGGUGGUGGGUGCAGUCGUUGGAGGAGUGGUGGGAAUCUUUGGCGGAAUCAGCGUUGGUCACAAAGCGGGUGCGGCCGCCUGUGAUAGUGACUGUGGAACCCAUCUGAACAAUAUUCAUUGUUACUCAUAAAGUUGAUGAAGGUCAAUAUAGAAGCAGCGCUUGAAGUAACGAGUUUUUUUCUGCACCUUCUCUACGAAUCGUACUGCCAGAUACCUUCAAGAUACAAUAUGGUUACAAUGAGAAGUUGAUGAAUGGUGUGCGAAUAAAAUGGGAUUGCAGUGGCUAUGCAGCGCAGCAAGUGUGUUUUCCCGGAGUAGAACAUGAGUUACAAAAGCUUUUUCCCCGGUUAGAGCCAGUAUGAAUGGACUCCCCGCAAUCAGUUGCACACCCUAGUCGCUUCGGUCGAAGCGAUACAUAAAACAUAAGGGGUUGUAGAUUACUUUCUGAAGUAAUAUUUUUCUGUUACUUUUAUUUAUUGCGAUGGAGCGUACAUGGUAACAUAAAUAUUGCACAUAAUUUCUGUAUGUUUUAUGGAGACGUGGAUUUCAUUACUCCAACCACGCAAACAUGCGAGUUUUUUUUGGUGUGCAUUUUGGUCGAGCGGCUGAGUUACUACAAUUUGUUUUCAUUUGCAGUGCUUGCACUUUUUUUUCAGUGUGAAGGAAUGACGGUUUGAUAUUAUCGCAUGAAAUUUAACAUGAAAUUUGAAUGCAGUACUCCGUGAAAUAUGACACAAAUUAAAUGAUUAAAAUUGGCUCAAUUUAUAAUAUUAAUGGAUACAGAGCGAUCUUCUCUUUUCGUGAUGUAACUGCUGGUGAUUUAGCUGUAUUUGUCAGAAAUUAAAUUCAAGAACUAUCAGUUACUAGUCAGUUUUCGAUGUUUUAGGUGUUCAUCGAACGCCCUCUUUUGACAUUAACAGAUUUUAUGACUUCCUGAAGAAUAAAUUAAAUCGAGAUCCAAAUCAAGAUCAUACGUCAUUGUAGGUGAGGUGAAUGUUCCUAUGAAUUUGUCUGGUAAUAAUAUAGUAGUUUGUUAUAGCAAUCUCUUACUUUCGUUAGGUUUUAUAUGUGGCAACACGUUUACUACACGCAAUGUGAGUAAUACUAUAUUGGACCAUGUUGUAUGCAGAAUCAUAAACGUGCCAAACAUUCGGGAUACUGUUUUGUCUGGUCUUAGUGAUCACUCAAUGAUUGUACCUUCGUUAAGACUAAACGGUUGCAGUGUCACAACAAAACUGAAAAAAUACGAUUGUAGACUACAGGGUGGCGCAUAAGUCACGCAUCCGAUUUGCACAACAAAAAAUUUUGUAUAAAAAAAUGUCUCACGAUACAAAAUCUUUAUUCUCGAAUAAAAAAAAGAUACAAAUUCGACAACUGAACCGCUUAGGAACCAACACGCUUGAUAGUUGCAGCGCGAUCGUUAUUUCUUUUCCUUCAGAGAGCGUUGCGUGACUUAUGCGCCACCCUGUAUAAUAAACUAAACACGCGCUACUCUAAUUUCUUGGAAACAGUGAGUUGUGGGCAAAGCGCAGAAUUGUGUUUGACAAAUAUCUCGUAGACGUACAAUGUAUUGUUAGCACAAUGUCCCAGAACCAUUCUGCUUGAAGUCAACACCAAAGAAUACGCUUGUCCUUGGAUGUCAUUUGAUCUUUGAAAAUUGUUGAAAAUUAAGGAGAAAUACUCGAAAAAGGUUAAACGCCGUCCAAAUCUACAAUAAAAGCACAACCAUAUUUCAAACAAAAGUUCAAGCAGAGAAAAGACAAAUAAAAAAGCAUCUUUCCUACAAUUAUUAAACAGUACGAAUCAUUUAGGGAUGUGCAAAACAGUUAAUUCCAUUUUUUGGGCGAUCCAUAACCAGAGAUCUAAUCAAGCAAACGGUACCAAAUUUGGCAUGAGGAGGUUUUUGGGGGCAAUAAAUGCUUCUCUGGUAAUUUUAAUACAAUUGUAUCCGUAUGAUUUUGUACAAAAUUCCCUAACACGGACUACAAGAACAGGCACCGUGGCGUAAUCAACUUUGACGAUGCAAGCAAGUUGCGAGGAAUUCAGAUGUGAUUGACUCUUGUCAGGGCUACCAAAUAUUUGUACUAAAGAGUACUUAUUUCUUCAAUUUCUGUAGUGCAUGCGUGGUUCCCUAGCGAUUGUCAAGGAAGUGGAGGGAGGGAUGAAUCAGGAUUCACUGUGAUGAUAAGAGAUGUCAACCUUCCUGAUAUUUCAGAAUUUUCCAGACUUUUUGGCACGUUCCCUGAUAUUAUGUCAAUUUUUAUAAAUUUUAUACUUUUUACUUUAUCGAAAUGAAAAAAUAUCCAUAAUAAUUAUACAAAGUUUUCCUGGUUGUAAAUAAGAACUGUCAUAAAAGCCUACAUAAAAAAGCUCUCCGGUCCACACUUGUAUAAUGUUUAAUCUUUUUUCGUUCAUUAUCUAUCUAUUCUAAAACGUUUCGAGUCAACGAAGAUACACUGUUGGUAUUUAUGAAAGCUUGAAGAUGGCGCGAAAGAAAGAUACCCUAUCAGAUUAGCACGCUCGUAUGCGGCUUCAAAUCGUUAUGUUUAAAAAAACAUUACUUGAGGUUUUAGAAUGCUUGAAAGACGUAGUCCAAACUCUCACUUAAACUUUUGUCUAUAUAUAUUUCCUGUUAUUUGUUUUUGUUUAAUACUUGUCAUCAUUUGCGAAAA